UUUGGAACAAUCUGGAAAGAGUGUGAGGGAGAGCCGGAAUCCUCACCUUCUUUGUUCGAUCUCCGCCGUCAUCCACCGUCUUCAACAUCGCCGGCGUGGCUGUGAGCAAGCACGUCCUCCGCCGCUGCUGAGAGGUCCAGAUCGCGAUUCCUUCCUCUCCCCUGUUUCGUGCAGUCAAUCGUUCGCCCUUGCUAGCUGCUGUUUAGUUCAUUCGUCCGUCACUGUCGCUGCUGGAGCUUCCGUCAAUGCUAGAGUCGCCAUCGUUUACCGCGGUAAGGAACUUCACCGAGGUCAGAGACUCCUUCCGUUUCUGUGUUGCUGUCGAUCCGUGCCCUCUCUGUCUCUACUUCGUGGCAGUGCUCAUAGAUAGCCAUGGAAGCUUGAUCCUCUUCUUUCAUCCCUCUUUGCUCCUUAGGCAAGGCUUGGGAUCAGUGAGGUGUCAAGAAUACAAGAACAAAGAAAUCAUUUUGCUAUCUAUAGGAACUGGAGUUGGAAACACAAGCGUCGGUUAUGAUGCUAAUCGUAAUUGGAAUCUCAGUGACUGGAAGGAAGGCAUCUUACCCAUGUUUAUCGCUGCAACGUCAACCAUGAAUGAAUAUUACAUUAACUCAACUUUCAAACUUCAACCUCAGGAAAACUACCUUCGAAUUCAGGAAUGCAAUUUAGAUCCGAAUAUUGAAUCGGAUGAUGCAUCAGAAGCAAAUAUGGAUAAACUCGAAGAUGUAGGAAAUAAGUUGUUGGAUCAACCAGUUAAGAGGAUGAAUGUGGAUACUUUUGUUCCUGAGGAAACUGGGGAAGGUACCAAUGCUGAAGCUCUGGACAGACUGGCUCAAAUUCUUCACGAAGAAAAAAGUCGUCGUCGUCUUGGAAAGAGCGCACAGAAAGUGAAGAAAGGAUUCUUCACUCGUUCAGCCACUUAUUGGAUCUGAUGUGGAAAUGCUAUUCAGAUAGCAUAUUAAAUAAUUAUACUAUGGGGUUGUUGCCAUUAUCGGCACUUUAAUUAAAAAAAAAAAAACAAGUGUGCUAAAUAAAUAAAUGGAAAUGUAAUCCUCUGCUUUGAUGUCCUUGAUGAUGUUGUAUCAUAUGCUGGCUAUGCAUGAAGCACCAGCAAUUUAAAUAAAUAAA